AUGUGGGGGAAGCAGUUCAUUUUAACAAUACUCAUAUCAACAACAUUCGGAUGCUAUAUAUUUCCUAGCGACGUGCCGGAUCCGUGCCGGGGUGUGAAGUGCGGCCCUGGAGAGUUGUGCAGACCCACAUCCGAUGGACGAAGUUACAUUUGCGAGUGUCCGCCCUCCUGUCCUAGCUAUGGGGACCACGAUGGAGCCCAACCACUUUGCGGCAGUGAUGCUAGGGAUUACAACGGUGAAUGCGAGAUGCGACGAGCUGCUUGCGAAGCAAACACUAAUAUAACUUUUAAAUAUUACGGAAAGUGUGAUCCUUGCGCAGGAGUUACCUGUCCAGAUCCAGAAGUUUGUCAGUUAGACGAAAAGAGAUCUCCUUCCUGUCGAUGUGCAGAGCCUUGUUCUCUAGAAUUUUCUCCCGUUUGUGCGUCUGACGGCAAAACAUACUCUAACGAGUGUCAGAUGCAUAGGGAAUCCUGUCGAGCCAGAAAACAGUUGAAGAUCAUUUUCAAAGGGCAAUGCAGUACAGGUGUAAACCCAUGUGCAGAGGUGGAAUGUCGUCACGGCGCGGAAUGUCGAGUUGAAGGCAGCGGCGCAGUGUGCGCGUGUCCGACACCCUGUGAACCCGUACUACGGCCUGUGUGUGGUUCGGACGCACGCACUCACGACAGCGAGUGCGAAUUGCGCCGUACUGCAUGUCUUCUUGGUAGGGAGCUGAAGGUGCUGCAUGCCGGAGCUUGUGGUUCAAACGGCGUUUGCGCAGAUCGUAACUGCCCUCACGGCGGAGAAUGUGUGUCCUCUGGCGGUCGGGGUGUUUGUAGAUGUCCUCGCUGCUCCAACGAAUUCGCGCCUGUUUGUGGAUCAGACGGAAUUUCAUAUGGGAACAGAUGCAAAUUGCAAUUGGAAGCUUGUAGACAUCGACGUGACGUCCAAGUACUAUAUGACGGGCCCUGCAAUGGUUGCGAGAAUAAGAAGUGUGAUUUUUAUGCUGUAUGUGAGAGCGAUGGAGUCUCAGAAGCCAGUUGUGUGUGCCCUAAGCACUGUGAAGAAGGGACUGAAACUGAGGAAGUAUGUGGAAACGAUAAUCAAACAUACAGUAGCGUGUGUUCUCUCCGUAACAAAGCUUGCCGUGAAAAGAAACGAAUUUUUGUGAAGCACAUGGGUUCUUGUGAAUCCUGCCAGAAUGUCCAAUGCCCCAACGGUAUGUGGUGUUCCCGAGGGAAAUGUGCGUGUUCGGGUCAUUGUGAAAGUGGGGCUCAUGAGCCAGUCUGCUCUGAUACAAAACAGACAUUUCCUAACGAAUGUUUCCUACUACAAGCCGCUUGCGAAGCCAAAAUGAGGGGAGAAUCGGCUAUACGGGUUGCAUAUUAUGGGGAGUGCUCGGAAGCAUUGGAUGAUAAUGGCAAUUCUGGCAACAAAACAAAACCAAGGGACAGCAAUGAUAUAGUUCACGGAACGGACACAGUGAAAGUGGCUACUGGAGCCGUAUGCGCAAGAGUGCAAUGCGCAUAUGAAGCUACAUGCGCAGUAGAUGGAAAUGGCCAACCGCGUUGUGCAUGCCUGUUUGAUUGCGCAGCCGCAAGCGCAAUAUCCGCUCCGGUUUGCGCAUCCGACUUGCGACUGUAUCCCAAUUUGUGUCAUAUGAAGCUUGAAGCAUGUCGCCGACAGGAGGAUUUACGAUUAAGACCCUUAGCGCUUUGUCGAGGAUUAGAGUUCCGACCUUGCGGUGAUGACGAGCCGCUGACUGAUGCUGAAGGGCGAAUAAUGGACUGUGGGGGUGGACCACAUCGUAAAGACUGUCCUGCGGGCAGUUACUGCCAUCACACGGCAAAAGCGGCUAGGUGUUGUAAAAAAGACAAAGGUGUAAUAGAGAAGAAAGACUGUCAAGAAUCAUGGUAUGGAUGCUGUUCAGACGGUAUCACACCAGCGAAGGGUCCAAGUGGAAUAGGAUGUCCAUCUCAAUGCGGGUGUCAUCGCCUUGGGUCAGAGAAUGAGCAAUGUGAUGGUGAGGGCCAGUGUAAUUGUCGACCUGGCGUUGGAGGGCAGAAAUGCGAUAGAUGCGAGCCGGGCUAUUGGGGCCUGCCUCGUAUUGGGACUGGUCAUACUGGCUGUAUACCUUGUGGAUGUUCAGCAUUUGGGUCGGUGAGAGAAGAUUGCGAACAAAUGACAGGCCGCUGCGUGUGUAAGCCUGGGAUCCAAGGGCAAAAAUGCACCGUUUGUUCUAACCACGAACAUACUCUUGGACCGAGGGGAUGCUUUGAUCUCCGGAGCGGCCUGGCGACUUGCGAAUGUCCAAGCAUGGAGUGUAAAAAAGACCAGCCUGCUGUAUGUGGAAGCGACGGACGCACUUACCUCUCAACUUGUCAUUUAAGGGCCCACGCUUGCAGGACCCAGUCAGAUACAGUUGUCCAAGCAUUCGGUCCUUGUGCUGAUACACCCAGCGUACGGCGAGGUAGUCGUUCCAUAGUUAACAGUAGCCGCUCGAGCCCUGUUCAGAAGAAAUACGCGGAUGCUUCAGUAGAUACCAGCGAUAGUGGCAAACCUGACAAAAAUUUACGCACAAUUCACACUGUGCAGAUAAAAAAUGAUAUAACAAGCACUUGUACUAAAAAGGCUAAGAAUUAUUUCGAGUACGAGGACGAGCAAUUUGGUACGAACGACGUGGAGGAUGUGUACCCUGUAAUAUAUGACGAGUAUUUCUACGAACACGAAAACAGUUUGUAUUCGGCCCCAUUGUUCGAUGGGCGUGCUGGAAUGACAGCAGCGAUGUUAUUACCGGCUAAACGAUUCGAUAUAUGGGCUGAAGUGUCUGCCGUCUGCAGCAAAGGCACUUUAAUGAGCGCCUCAGGCGUGAGGGAUUAUUUAUGGCUGGGUAUUAUAGAUGGCAAGGCCGAAAUGCGUUUUGAUGCCGGUAGCGGGCCUUUGGAGCUCCGUUCGGGGAAAGUGAAUAUUGAUAACAAGUCAAAAUUAUUGGCGCGGAGAUACAAGAAAGAUGCGAUGUUGAAUGUUGGGAGUAUCACUGCGAGAGGAACGACUCAUGGAAGAAUGAGCUCACUCGAUGUGGAACCUUACAUUCAUAUUGGGCUGCCGCCGAUGAAUGAUACAUUGUUGUCGAAAAUCGGAUUCCCUGGGUUCGUAGGAUGCGUACACCGGCUACGGGUGAAUGGCCGUGACGUCAUCCCGCCUUCCCGGGGAAUGUCUGUUACUUCUCACGGCCUACGUGCGUGCACGCCGCAGAAUUUAGCUGAGGUAGUAUGUCCCUGA